AUGCAGCACUCAUACGCGCCUCUUGUAUCGUACACAAGUGAGCUCCACGACGAUGAUCAAGCUCUGCAAAGCGGAAACCCGCCACACGCUGCUGGCUUAAAUGGUGCUGUGGUGAGGCGCAACCGAAGCAUUUCCAUCAAGGAUCAGCAGAAACACCUACCCGUACAAGAAGAGCUGGUGCUGGUGGACGGAAGCAUCGAGCGUCAAGCCAUGGAGCUUCAGCUGCAGGAGGCCAGACGCAGGACGGAAGAACAAACUCUGGUGCUCGAUAUGCGGACGCAGCAACUACUGAACUACACACACGAGCACGUCAGCCAGACCCGCCAUGAAAGCGAGCGCCGAAUGAACGAGCAGAUGCUCACCUUCGUGCAGAGAGAGAACAUCACGUUGCAGAAGUCGAGCGCCAAUUAG